AUGACCACACUAAACCAUUCCCAGUUAGGCGACAUCAAAGGCCUCAAACACGACGACAAAGGCGUAGCUCAGUAUCUUGGCAUACAGUAUGCAACGAUAGCUCAUCGUUUUGCUGCUCCACAGCUACGAACCGACUAUGGAGGCACAAUUGACGCGACUCGUCGAGGUCCGCCUGUUGUUAGAUCUCCUGUAGCCGUGGGCAUUGAAUUCAGUCUCAUCCAAAAGUCUCUCGACAUACCCGAAUACCCUCCCGUAUCUGACCUGAAUGGCUUGAAUCUCGACAUAACUAUUCCGCAACAAGUCUCCGCUGACAAAGAUGCAAAAUUCCCUGUUCUUGUUUUCAUUCAUGGAGGGGCUUACCUUAUGGGCGAUAGUGGCGCUCCUCAUCAGGACAUGGGCGCCUUUGUCGCAUAUUCCCAGUCUAUUGGAAAGCCAAUCGUCGGUGUCUCUAUCAACUAUCGACUUGGAGUUGCGGGUUUCCUUGACAGCAACGAGCUGAGAGCGUCAGGUGCCCCGGCCAACAGAGGCCUUCUUGACCAAAAAACGGCAUUUGAAUGGCUUCGACGUCAUAUUGGCGGAUUCUCAGGCGACCCAACGCGUAUCACGGCCAUCGGCCAGAGUGCAGGAGCAAGCUCCGUCAUGAACCUCCUUGACUUGGAAUCUGGAGACACGCUUUUCGACCGCGCUAUUUGUCUAAGUGGAAACAAUUUGGCUGUUCCCGUAUGCACUAAGUCCGCCGCCCAGGAUGCGUACAAAUCUGUACUCGAGUGCCUUGCGAUAGACUCCACCCUGUCGAGUGAGGACCAAGUCAAAGCAUUGAUUGCCACUUCUGCAGAGGAUAUCCUUUCCAAGGUUUCUCUUUCCAUCAUUAUGACGCCUGUGAAAGAUAAGGAUGAUGAAGUUCCCUCCUUCGGGGGCAUGGAGGCGUAUCUGGCCUCGCGUCAAUACAAAACACCUUUAAUGGCUGGUUCAACGGAUUUUGAUGCAGUCAUCUUUCAAGCUUUGGGAAUUCUUGAAGGCCGAGAGCAAGGCGCUCUAGCUCGAGACUUUGUCAAAUAUUUGACUGACAACGUUCCUUUAACGCAUCGCGCAAAACUAGAGAGUCUUGUCUCUUUAUACGAUAUCUCGGCAACAGAUAAUAACGAUGAGGAGACCGUCACCAAGAUUGUGCAGUUCGCCACAGAUCUCACCUUUUACGCUACGACAAAGUACCACGUUUCCUAUUGGCCUACUCAGUCGUGGAUGUACUACCUCAACGAAUCCAACCCGUGGGAAGGUCCUUACCAAGGUCGUUCAUCUCACUGCCUUGACACGGCGUAUCUCUUCUUGAACUUCAGCGGCGUCAUGAAUGAAUCGCAGAAAAAGACAGCAAGGGAGUUUGCCCGCGACGUCAUCGAGUUCACAUACGGAGGGUCGCCAUGGGGUGAGUACCAUGCUUCUGGGGAUAUAAAAGUGUAUGGUACACCUGGAAAAGGUCAGGCGCCGUCUCAGGAAGUUCAAGAUCUUUGGAAGGAAAUAGGGCUAGAUAACUUGUUUCAGGGCUGGCAUGCUUUCUUUGCAAAAUUAUAG